GUUCCGGCAGGCGCACACCAUUCUUUACAAUAAAGAAAACGCCUGAACUGUGCUGUCCUUUUCUCUUUAUUACUACAGGCCGACUCAGAUUAAGUCUGAGGCCGGUAACAUCAACAGUGAGGACAAACCCAGCCUGCCUCUCUCCUUCCACACUGACACCAAACCUACAGUCACUGGGUCCUGAUUGUGACAGUGGAGCCCAGUUUGCACUGCAGGAUCCAGAGAUGGCAUCAGUGAAGCUGGAAGACUGCAGUCAAACACUGGAGCUGAAUGUCAACAUUAAAGAUGAAGAAGAGGAGGAGAAGAUUGGGAAUUCUGUUUCUCAUGGAGACCAUGUUGAGACAGUCUCUACCUCCAGAGAGCAACAGCAGGAAGAUCACAGAGCUAAGAGGUCUCACCAGUGCCCACGUUGUAAGGAGAGUUUCUCAAUUCUAUCAAAGUUAAAAAUACACCUAAAAAUACACACAGGAGAGAAUCUGUAUUCCUGUACUGACUGUGGGAAGAAUUUCACAACAUUAAAAUUUCUGACAGUUCAUGAACGGAUACACACAGGAGAGAAGACCUACUCCUGUUCUAAUUGUGUAAAAUGCUUCACAUCGUCAACUAAGCUAAAAAUUCAUCAGAGAACACACACAGGAGAGAAGCCUUACUUAUGCUCUGACUGUGGGGCUAGUUUCUCUCGACUGGGACACCUAAAAACACAUAAACGUAUACAUACAGGAGAGAAGCCUCACUCCUGCUCGGACUGUGGAAAGAGUUUCUCUCGACUGGGCAACUUAAAAACACACGAACGUAUGCAUACAGGAGUAAAGCCUUACUCCUGCUCUGACUGUGGAAAGAGUUUCUCUCGACUGGGCCACCUAAAAACACAUGAACGUAUACAUACAGGAGAGAAGCCUUACUUCUGCUUUGACUGUUUAAAAUGCUUCGCAACAUCAACUGAGCUAAAAGUUCAUCAGAGAACACACACAGGAGAGAAGCCUUACUCCUGUUCUGAUUGUGUAAAAUGCUUCUCAACAUGCUCUGGGCUUGAAGGUCACCGGAGAACACACACAGGAGAGAAGCCUUACUCCUGCUCUAAUUGUGUAAAAAGUUUCACAUCAUCAACUAAGCUAAAAAUUCAUCAGAGAACACACACAGGAGAGAAGCCUUACUUAUGCUCUGACUGUGGGGCGAGUUUCUCUCGACUGGGCCACCUAAACACACAUGAGCGUAUACAUACAGGAGAGAAGCCUUACUCCUGCUCCGACUGUGGAAAGGGCUUCUCUCGACUGUGCAACUUAAAAACACAUGAACGUAUACAUACAGGAGAGAAGCCUUACUUAUGCUCUGACUGUGUAAAAUGUUUCACAACAUCAACUGAGCUUAAAGUUCAUCAGAGAACACACACAGGGGAGAAGCCUUACUCCUGCUCUGAUUGUGUAAAAUGCUUCACAACAUACUCUGGGCUAAUAGGUCAUCAGAGAACACACACAGGAGAGAAGCCUUACUCCUGCGCUGACUGUGUAUGCAUACAUUCAUGACUGGGAAAAGUUUCUCUACUGGGCCACCUAAAAACAUAAAGGUAUGCAUACGGAGAGAAGCCUUUCACCUGCUCUGACUUUUAAAAAGUUUAUCUCGAAUGGGCCAGUUAAAAAUACAUCAAAUAUACAUCAAAUCAGAAGAGCGUCAUCAGUUCUCAAAGACCAGCUGAGAUUAAAGUCACUCCAUCACUUAAGUCUCGUAAAAGAAGUGAUAACAGUGAGCUGGAUCAAAUGAAGAAAGCGUAGAACAUUUGCAAUCCUAUUGUUUCUCAGUGUGAGAGAACAAUGCAGAGGAAAGGGAGCGUUCUAGAAUGUUAUCCUCUCUUUACUUUACUGAUCAGUGUGCACCUUGCCAGUUUGUGUGUUUUGUUAGCUUCUACUGUAAAGAUAUUGAGAUGACCUUGGAUUUGCCCUUAGGGAUGAAUGUCCUCUGUGAGGCGUCUCACAAUGGAGUGGUUGACUGGGUGGUACUGCUUCCCUGAGCUGGUGGAUACAACAUACACUGAGUGUAUAAAACAUUAAGGACACCUGCUCUUUCCAUCACAUAGACUGACCAGCUGAACCCAGAUGAAAACUAUGAUCCUUAAUGAUCUAGUUGUUUUGUAUUUAUUAUGGAUCCCCAUUAGCUUUCAGUAAAAAACAAGAAACUGCAGUUGCAGUGGGCUAAGGAAUGAAAACACUGGACACUGGAAAAUUUGAAAAAUAUUGCCUGGCCUGAUGAAUCCCUGUUCCUGCUGUGUCAUGCUGAUGGGAGGACUAGGGUAUGGAGGAAACCAUGAGUACAUGUAUCCCUGCCAUGUGUCAAAAUUGCAGGCUGGUGGUGAUGGUGUGGAGUGUGUUUUCAUGGCACAUAUUGGACCCCUUGAUAAAAGUGGAGCAACAUUUGAAUGCCACAGGAUGUCUAAACAUCAUUGGCAAUCAGGUGCAUCCCUUCAUGGCAGCAGUUUAUCCAUCUGCAAAUAGAUUUAUUCAGCAGGAUUAUGCCACAAGGCUUGUCCAGGAUUGGUUCCAAGAACAUGACAGUGAAUUCAGUUUACUGCAGUGGUCUGACGAGUCACCAGAUCUCAAUCCAAUUGUGCAUCUGUGUGAGGAGAUGGAAGGAGCUAUUCGGAGUAGAGAUCCACUCCCAGCCACAUUGACACAAUUGUGGGAAGCAUUGGAGUCAACAUGGGCCAGAAUCCCUGUGGACGCUCUCAACACCUUGGGAGUCCAUGCCCCAACGACUUGGGGAUGUUCUGAGGACAAAGGGGGCUGCAACUCAAUAUUAGGAAGGUGUUUCAACUGUUUUGUACGCUCCGUGUAUAUCAGAUAAAGAUGAUGUGAUGAUCAGUUUUCAGCAUUAGUUUGGGUGGAUUAUUUUAUAUUACUAAACAACUUUUGUUUAAUGAUAAACAGACUAUGAAUCGACUACUUGUGUUUAUUAAAUGUUAUUUUAAUAUUAGAUUCAAUAUUUUAGUCAUUGAUGAUGAAUGUAUUUGAAUAACUGUAUUGAAUAUAAUUGAUUUGGUGGCAGGUAGCCUUGCGGUUAAGAGUGUUGGGCCAGUAACUGAAAGGUCGCUGGUUUGAAUCCCGAGCCGACUAGGUGAAUAAUCUGUCAUUGUGCCCUUGAGCAAGGCAAUUAACUCUUAAUGUUUCCUGUAAAUCGCUCUGGAUAAGAGCAUCUGCUAAAUGACAAGGAUGUUAUGAAAAAUGUUUGUACAUUCAUUUAAAAAAAUACCUUUAUUUAACUAGUCACGUCAACUAGAACAAAUUCUUAUUUUCAAUGACGACCUAGGAACAGUGGUUUAACUGCUUUGUUCAGGGGGAGAACAACAGA